AUGGAUAAUCAACAACGUGGCGAUUUUCAAAUGCGGCAGCAACAUAGAAACCGUUUAUUACGUUUUCAAAUAUUCGGAGUAAAUGUUUCCGAGUUGCAGCAAAUAUUUGUAUGGAUAUUUGCACUGCUCACCUAUACGCCAUUAUCUUUAUGGUUAGCUUUUGCAUUUUUAAUUGGUGGUUUGGCCACUUGUAUACCAGCAAUGCUUUGCAUGAUCGGGUUGUUGAUGUGUGCAACUGCUAGUGUCGGGAUCUCAGUAUUUCUUGUUUUUAUCGGAAUGAUAUUAUUUCUCCCACUGACCAUCGUGGCACUCAUUGUAUCAUUUUGGAUUGUGUUGCUAUAUUCUGGAUACAAAAUAUUAGCUACUAAUUUUUCAAAACACACAUCAUAA